AUGGUGCUGGGCCACGUGGACUGCGCGAGCGAGGGAGGCGCCGGCGCGCUCUGGGUGGUUCGCUGGGAGGGGUCGGAGGAGCUCUUCCGCGUCGCUCGCCGGCACCUCUGUCGGCUGCACCACGACACCUCGAUAGCACCGCGCGCCGUGCCGGAGUGGCGCCAGAUGCCGCCGCCGCCCGAGGAGCGCGCCUUCACCUGGGGCGCGCCGCCAGGCAAGCUCGAGGGCGUGCCCGCGAGCCAGGUGCUGUUUGGGCAGUACGCAAACGAGCUGCAGCGCUCCAACCCGAUCUGGUGA